UGGGCUGAAUACUUGCAUUAAGUGUAUUAAGCCUUUACAUGACAUAAAUAUAAACAUAUACUAUAAACUUAUACCUGUUAAACCCGCCCACUGUGUUGAGAAACAGGAAGUACAUUUAUACGGAAGUAGAGGAAGAAAUGGACACGGAUCAGUCGAAUAAAAAUGUUUCUAAGCUGAGUGAGCUGUGUGAAAACACGUUUCUCUGGGGAGAGAGAAAGAGGGACCACUGCCUCUAAAACGAGUCACAUCUGGGGAGAGAGAGAGAGGGGGAGACCACUGCCUCUAAAACGAGUCACAUCUGGGGAGAGAGAGAGAGGGACCACUGCCUCUAAAACGAGUCACAUCUGGGGAGAGAGAGACGGACCACUGCCUCUAAAAUGAGUCUGUCUGGGGAGAACGAGGAGAGAGGCACUGCCUCUAAGAGGAGGUAUUCUGAGAGAGAAGAGAGGGCCAAUGCCUCUAAAAAUAGUUUGCCUCAAGACACCAGUUCUACGAGAGACCAUGGUGGUGAAUGUUGUGUCAAGCCUGGACCUGAGAACACCAGAGACCAUGGUGGAGAGAGUUGGAUCAAGCCUGGACCUGAUAAAGGACACCAGAGACCAUGGUGGAGAGUGUUGGAUAAAGCCUGGACCUGAGAAAUGGAUUCCUCAGAGCUGUAAGACUUGUGACCAUGUUGAGGACUCCACACACAGACUUCAGAUUGAACCCUUGACUUUCACUGUCCAGGGAGUGACAAUGUUCAGGCACAGGACACCCAAAGGGAGUUAUGAGUGCACAGUGUCUGGGCUCCGCUGGCUGUGUGAGAGAGAUGUCAUUCUGAAGUAUCACUUCAGGAACUGGGAACCCUACAGUCAACUUAUGAAAGACAUGCAGUACACACAAGGUGGUCCAUUGCUGGACAUCACUAUGGAGUUAGGUGAACUGGAGGAAGUUCAUCUUCCACACUUUGUCUGUUUAGGGACCAACCCUUCCCUGAGGAAUGAGAUGAAGAUUCUUCAUGUAGAGGAACAUGGAGUGUCUUUAGAGGAAGUGCAUGAGGUCACAAGAUUCCAUGCUAAGAUUCUCCAUCCCAAGUUCUCAUCGGUCUCUGUUGUACUGAACAAAACCACCUGUUGGAACAUAGAUGUCCACUGUGACGUGAUCCUCUAUUUGGCAGUAAAAAGGUCAACAGUAAUUUCAAGGCUGUACCUGCUCCUCAGAAACUCCAGUCAGAAAGAGGCUGUUCAGGACCGGGAGAAAAAUCAGCUGUGCCAAGGAUAUUCUGAAUUUCUCCUGUCAAGUCCAAACGGGUCCUUAAAGCUGAACAAUUGGUUUGCGCUCAAGAAUCCCCUCUCCACUUCCAUCAAUCCAGAGAAGAUUCAGCUGUUACCUGCAGACACCACACCAAGCUGUUGCCAGAUGAUAAUGGGAAACACAGGGGUUGACAUUGAGAUGGAGUUAAUCGGGGAUGAUGAGAGGACAGCGUGGAGAGAUAUGCUACAAGCAGAUCAAUACAUCACUGACACCCAUUCAACUAGUAAGUAAACAUGAGAGAUACAAACCAAUGACUUGAGGGUCAGUCAACAUGGUUUACUGUAGGACCUGGACUAGUCCUGAUUAUAAAAGACUGUCUUCAAGAACAAUGACAUCUCCUCCAGGACUUGAUGUAGAUGAGCCUGGUUCUGAAUGCCCCAAUGGCAUCUCCUCCAGGACUUGAUGUAGAUGAGCCUGGUUCUGAAUGCCCCAAUGACAUCUCCUCCAGGACUUGAUGUAGAUUAGCCUGGUUCUGAAUGUCCCAAUGACAUGGUAGAAUGAAUAGUAACAGUGUUGGGGUACAAAAUACAAAAAUAACUGUACAAAUGUUAUGGAGACACAGUGUUGUGUAAAAACAUUGAAUAUAAGAAUAAUAAUUGGAAUCAUUUGGACUGGGGAGACCUGCUCCUAGAUCAACACGCCUAUUCAAUGUUUAGGAUUACCCUGAAUGCUUUCCCCCCCCCAAAACAGGGUAGGGACCUACCUGAAUUUGUCCAAAAUAAACAAUUUUGCAACUAUUUGCAACAACUA